CUGGCAGCUCUGGGCGCAACAUAGCAGUCCAUCAGGCACUCCGCCACCAUUAAGAGAAAAACAAACGCUUCCUCACCUCAUCCCAACUCCCCUUUCCGUCUGGUUGUCGCCGCACACAGGACAGCUAAGCAGGACAGCUAAGAGCUAGAAUAUACCUCCUUUCCAGCUUGAUCGGGUCGAAAUCGACCCCUUCCAUAUCUCGCCCAUCUCACAUUCUUCAUUUAUCAAACCUCAAUCACUCGUCGGGGCCCUGGUAUCGCCUAUCCGAUCAGCCGUCAAGCGGUUGUUGCUAGGGUUAGGGCUGGUAUCAUCGCCCGAUUACCCCGGGACAACUUGGGGACGGACGAGUGGGUCCACGCCUCUCCCCAUGCUCGUCGACGUCGACAAGACAUCAACACGUCACGUAGACAUCAAAGAAUCGCCAUACUCCAUCAAAAUGAAGGACGAGAAUGGGAAGCGCAAGGCCAGUGACGAGCCGUCGUCGCCUGUCGCAUCCAAACGUGUUAAGCACGACAACUCGGCCGAACCUGAGGAGAAGCCCGCAAAAGUCCCAGCAAUUCCGUUUCCCGAGAAACCUGCCGUUAUCGAAGAGCGCAAUGGCGAGAUCGAGUUUCGGGUGGUCAACAACGACGGCGAGCGCGAGAGUCUCAUCAUCCUCACCGGUCUCAAAUGUAUCUUCCAGAAACAACUACCUAAGAUGCCAAAGGACUACAUCGCCCGCCUAGUCUACGACCGCACCCACUUGUCUAUCGCCAUCGUCAAGAAGCCGCUCGAAGUGGUCGGCGGCAUCACAUACCGGCCAUUUAAGGGGCGCCAGUUUGCCGAGAUUGUCUUUUGCGCCAUCUCCUCCGACCAGCAGGUCAAGGGCUACGGCGCCCACCUCAUGUCCCACCUCAAAGACUACGUCAAGGCAACCUCGGAUGUGAUGCACUUCCUGACAUACGCCGACAACUACGCUAUCGGCUACUUUAAGAAGCAGGGCUUUACUAAGGAGAUUACGCUCGACAAAUCCGUCUGGAUGGGCUAUAUCAAGGAUUACGAAGGAGGCACGAUAAUGCAGUGUACUAUGCUCCCGCGGAUCCGCUACCUCGAGAUGGGCCGGAUGCUCCUUAAGCAAAAAGAAUGCGUCCAGGCUAAGAUCCGGGCCUUCUCCAAAUCCCACAUCGUCCACCAGCCUCCAAAACAAUGGCAAAAGAAUGGCGUUUCCCCGAUUGACCCGCUCUCCAUCGAAGCGAUCCGCGCCUCAGGUUGGUCGCCGGACAUGGACGAGCUCGCGCGCCAACCACGUCACGGACCGAAUUACAACCAGCUCCUGCACCUGCUCAACGACCUCCAAAACCACCCGUCCAGCUGGCCCUUCCUGGUGCCCGUCAAUAAGGACGAGGUGCUCGAUUACUACGACGUAAUCAAGGAACCCAUGGACCUCUCGACCAUGGAGACUAAGCUCGAGGCGGACCAGUACAACACGCCCGAGGACUUCAUCCGCGACGCCAAGCUCGUCUUUGACAACUGCCGCAAGUACAACAACGAGACAACGCCCUACGCCAAGUCGGCCAACAAGCUCGAAAAGUUUAUGUGGCAGCAGAUCCGCGCCAUCCCGGAGUGGUCGCACCUCGAGAACUCUUAGGAAGGGUCCCUUGCGAACCGGUCGAGGAAGCAGAUGAAGAAAGGCAAGGAGGCGACGGAUGGUGGGGUUGCUGUUCCUGCUGUGGCACCGGUUGAUGAAGCUGCGGAUGCGGUUGGUGAGGAUGUCGGGUCGCAAAUGAUCACGCGGCGCCGGGGCAGGCUAUCCAAUGGGGGCGGUUGGCGGGUCAAGGGUAGUUAAACAUGGGUUGCGAUGGAAUGAGGUGGGGCCGCAGGAGCUGGCGGAUAUUCUGAUGGCAAUGUCAUUGGCGUUGGGACGCGAAGUGGUUGGUUAAGGUUUGGCGUUGAGGAGCGAAUUUUAUGAGAAGGGUUGCAGGGUUCUUGGAAGUCA